UCUACGAAUAUUCUGCAAAAUGACGUGCCUAUAAUAAAGUGCUUAUGUAAGCAUGCACUAGCCCCAGAAUACGUUCCCACAUCGAUCAUCAAGGCAUUAGCAAGGGCUUUAGUUAGAUUUCAUGGCGACGGCAACCGAGGGCAGCAAAAUGCUUGAGGCAGCAUUACAGCAAAUGGAUGGCCUUAUAUCGAGUACGGCGGCCACGGUUGGGCAGCCGGGCGGUGGGGUGGGUGCUUCGCUGACGCUAAGUGAGCGUAACUUGAUUUCAGCCACCAAUGUUUUAUCUACAGCAAAAACAUUAGCCCUGGCACUGCAACAGGUGGGGUUGGCUGCUCCGGCUCCAGAUCCUGUUACGGCUGCUAUUAUCAGCGACUGGCUAGAGACACAUAUACCACGCCAGGACUUCGAUGAGCGAAUGCGUCGCCUGCAGCGCGACAAAGAGGGGCUGGCUUUGCAGUACCAAAUGUUGGCGGAGCGGGUGUCCGAGCAGGCGGAUAAGAUAAUCGAGCUAGAAGGUCUCAUUACAGACAAGACCCAACAGCUGUGCAACAAAGAGGAGCUCCUGCAGCGUCAGAUGAUAUCCCGAUCUGCUCUCGAGACGCAGAAACUUGAGCUGAUGAGUGCCUUAAGUGAACUGAAAUUGCAUCGUACAGCGCUGGAACAAGCCAACGAUGGAGGUGGAGCUGGGUCUGCGAUGAAUACUAGUUUACCCUAUGGCAGUUUGAGUAGUAUAAACCAGAAAGGCUUUAUGGGUUCACCGAAAACACCGCCUUCGGCACUGCGCCAUCAGAUACGGCCGCAGUUCCAUAGUCUGCCGAGAUCCCAUGGUAAACAGGCUAACAACAACAACAAUCGCACCCUGGAUGUCAACGCGAACAGCAGUGGCAAGCAGCGGAAUGUGGCAUUUGCAUCGAACGAACAAAUCCUAAUCGAUGAUAGUGCUCAUACGGACGAAGCCAUGACGUCCAGCUUCAAGUUUCAGUUUACUCCAUCGCCCAAGCUGCGGGAGCGCUCUGCCCGCGGCUUGCGCAACAUUCUAGGCAAGCUGCGACGGAGCAAUAGCAGCAACUGUGAGUUGGCCGGCCUAGAGCAGGCUGAGCCCGAGUUUCGGCGAGGCGGAUCUCGGGCCACGGCCGGUGGACGCAUCGAAUGGAGUGCUCAAACGUCUUUGUUCAGCGACAACGAAAAACAUUGGAGCUCCUGGACAUCCCAGGAUGUGUGCAACUGGCUCUGCCACAUCGGUCUAGCUUGCUACGAGGACAAUUGCCGAAAAUGGCUGAAGGCCAAUCCAACGACAUCAAUCUUCACUGCCUCGCCGGUGGACAUUGAAAGGGAGCUGAACCUAAAGUUUCCGCUUCAUCGAAAAAAAAUCUUGCUGGCUAUUGACGACAUCACUGGCAAGGAGUACGACGAACUCACUCUGAAGGCGGCCACCUUGGAUACGGCUUGGGUGCUGCGUUGGUUGGACGAUAUAGGUCUGCCACAAUACAAGGACUAUUUCAUGCAGGCCAAAGUCGAUGGUCGCAUGCUGCACCGUCUGACGCUCGAGGAUCUGUCGCAGCUGCAUGUCAGCUCCUGUCUGCACAUAGCCUCGCUGAGGUCCGGGAUUCUCUGCAUGCGCCGCAUGUCGUGGAAUGCCGAGAGCCUGAUUCGACGCUCGACCAAGGUAGCUAAUGAUGAUGAAUCCAGCAGUAGUCCGGACAGGGACAGCGUGGAACUGUGGACAGCGCAUCGUAUAAUGGGAUGGCUACAGACCAUCGACCUGUCGGAGUAUACGCCAAAUCUGCGAGGGGCCGGAGUCCAUGGGGCACUGAUGAUGUACGAGUCGCGAUUCAACGCAGAUCUGCUUGCCGAUUUGCUCUCGAUACCGCCGAGCAAGUCGCUGCUGCGUCGUCACUUGGCCAUGCACUUCAAGGAACUAGUAGGUCGCCCGGUCAUCCUCAGCAAAAGAGAUGCGGAGUCAGCUCCUGGGUACCAGCCGUUGAAUAUUACGGCAAAGCUUAAGCCGGUCAAACGGACGCAGUUUUCGCUAAAGCGCCGCAAAAGCACCAAGGGACAGAGCGAUGUCGAUUGGACAGAGUACGUGUGCCCGAUGAACGCCAGGGUGCCAGCGACAUCGAACUCGGAGACGGUCAAGGACCUCGAGAGCUCAAUGAGCUCGAACUAAUGCUGGUGUCGGAAGACGCACAAUUCAUUUACAAAUAUUGUUAAUCUAAUUAUAAGCUCAAGCCCAGCCCUGUCAGAGGGUCCAGGCAAACGUACUGCCCCCGAAACAAGCAAGCAACCAAAUCGACCAAACACGACAAUAUUAGCAAGAAUUUACCUGGGCACGCCCAAUCUUCCAAGCACCAAUCGGAUGAAAUCGAAAUUCUUUUUUUUGCGGACCUAAACAUACCAGAAACAUUUUGGAAAUUUAUACUACAUAUUUUCUGUAGCUAACAUAAGCCUAUUCUUCGAAAUUAAGCAUCAAGAUGAAAACGAGAAGUAUUUGCAAUGGCAUUCAAACGACAUUGAGAGAAAGCCAAGCUAUUUGGCCUACCCUUUGAGACUUAUUGCCCAUUUUGGAGUUUAUUUUUUUGUACUAACACAUUUACUUACAUAUAUUAACGCAUAUUUUGUACAAUACAAAUAUACGAUGCCUUUUACAAGA